AUUCUUCAACAAAACAAUGGGUUAUCAACAACGUCGUUCACAUGUCAUUCCUUUCAAGCACAUUUUAUCGCCAACAAUCAACCUCUUUACAGGCCAGCAUCUCUCCUACAAGUCCAAGAACCUCACAGCCAUACCAAACCCCCACAAUCCGCCACCCUUCAAGCCAAACCCCCAUCAGCCGGUCCAACAUCUCCAUCUUCAAUAGCCGCAAAACCACUAGCAGAACCUCUUACGCCGCCACGCCUAAAGAUAUCCACUCUGGGCAUCGACGUGUACAUGUCAAGCCCAUCAACUUACAAGCAUUGAUGCUAACCCGCAUGCAUGCAUCCUGCAAUUGACGCCAUUCUUCUUCAUCAGUCGGCAACAAGCAAAAAAUCUUCUCCUCGCAGGCCCCAGAAAAGCCCGACACUUGUACACCGUGUUCCUGGCCGACCGCCUUCCGUGAGCCAGGGGGAACUGCCAUCAGUCUUUUUUUUCUGUCUAGUACCGUAGGUAUGCAGGAGGAGGAAUUUCUUGCCCACCCGGGUCCACGGAAAACCCUUGCAACGGCAUGGCAAGCUUACAAAGUGCGUAACAUCGUAACGUCGGUGUAGAAACGUCUAAAUUCGCCUCAGUAAGGCAUGGCUAGAGGGAGCUUCAUUCAGUUCACACACACAACAGACUUCACGUGGCAAAUUACACGAUAAUUCAAGAGGGGAAAAAAAUAUGUGCGCGGCCCAAGAAAUUUUCUUCAUUGGUAAAAGCAUCAUGAACUACUUGGCGUAGAUGGAACGAAAAAACAAAACAAAAUGCACGUUUGCCAGCUGCUGCGCCGAUCGCAUCGCGGCUUUCCUUCCCGCCUCCCGAAGAAUAAGAAAAACGCCAAGAGUGUCAUGUUCGCAUGACAACUCUUCUCAUAUAGUCCCCACGUAAGAAAUGAAAAAAAAAAAAAAAAAAACGCCAUCUGUGCAAUAUGCCCCCAUUUUUUUGUUAUGCCAUGUGAAAUACGCCGCCUAUAAAAAAAAAAAAAAGAAUGGUGUUGAUAAAGGACAGGAGAGAAUGAUAAAAAGGAGUAGAUUGCAGUGCAGCGCCAUCCGUCAUGAUCCGCAAAAAAGCGAAGAAAAUAGAGGCCAGCCGCUGGUCGGAAAAAUUCGUGAAAAUCGAAAGGAAUGUGGACCCGGUUAUUGGGGUUGAAGGGCAGAGAGAAAAUCAAGGAGAGAGAGAGAACGGGAGCGGUG